CCUAAGCCACCGACGGCCUCUUCCUUUGAAAACCGGUAGAGAGCUUGAUUUUUCCCUUCUUUUCUUGUCCAAGAACCUGAUUUGGAACCCAGAAAUCUUUCCCCCCUGCUGGAAAAUCCGGAUCUACUCUGUCGUUCCUCCCUUGUCCGCUGGCUGCUCUUGAUUGUGGGUGAUUUCUGGGCAUAUUUUCUGAUUUCCCGUGAGCUUCCCCUUGAAUUUUCUGCAGAGUGCCGCCGGCCUCUUCCCCCCUGCAGCUCCGGUUCUUGCUGGAAAAUUCUGGUUCUUGAUCGUUCUGUCAGUUUAGUACGUGAAUUGAGUGCUCGGUUUUGCAGACUGAGGUAAGUAAAUUAUGGUAAAGCCCUUCGAUUUUAAAGCAUGUUUUCAAUUGUUUUUGAGAUGGUGGCAAGGUUUAAAUUGAUUUUAAAUUAAUUUUAUCAACAUCUGAGUGUGAUUAAAUUGAAAUGAAAAUUUGGAUGAUUUUCAUGAGAAUUUCCUUGUUUUCUGAAAUUGAGCAUGAUUGGAAUGAAAAUGAGGAUUUUAUUGAUUUUCUGGAAUUGAGCAUGAUUGGAAUGAAAAUGAGGAUUUUAUUGAUUUUCUGGAAAUGAGCAUGAUUGAGAAAUGAAAAUGAGAAUUUCAUUGUUUUGCUGGAGUUGAGCAUGCCUAUUUGGGAAUUGACUGAACUGCUUUGAUGAACUGAGAAUUUUGUAAAUGUUGAGUUUUCUGUUAAAUCCAUGCCCGCAUGGAAAUUUUCCGGUUUGUUCUGAAAUUCGGGAUUGAUUGUGAAAUUCUGGUUUUUCUGUAAAUGCUGCAUGGUUUUGUCUCGGAUAUAGUCAUGAUUACUGACGCCCACUAGUGGGAGCUGUAAACGCUAGCACAUGUCGACAUGUAUUUCUGUGGAACCGGUUCACCCUACCAAUGGGGUUAAACAUUUGGUACUAUUACUGACGCCUGCCAGUGGGAGUUGUAAACACUGGUACCAUUACUGACGCCUGCCAGUGGGAGUUUGUAAACACUGGUACUUCUGAAACCCUACCAAUGGGGUUAAACAUUUGGUCUGAAACCCUACCAAUGGGGUUAAACAUUUGGUAAUAUUACUGACGCCUGCCAGUGGGAGUUUGUAAACACUGGUACUAUUACUGACGCCUGCCAGUGGGAGUUUGUAAACACUGGUACUAUUACUGACCCCUGCCAGUGGGAGUUUGUAAACACUGGUACCAUUACUGACGCCUGCCAGUGGGAGUGUGUUAAACACUGGCCAUGACUUAUAGAUGAGACUACUGAACUGAGUUUUCUGCUGCAUUAACGUUUUGUUAUUUAAACUGAAUCUAAUUUUGUCAUUGAGCGUUUUGGUUAUAUUAAACUGUUUAUCUGGCAUACUUAAAAGUUUUACCCAAGGGCUAUUCAUAUUUACUUACUGAGUUAUCUCAUAGUUUUCCUUGUCCACCAUUUCAGGAAGCGAUACCGAGGACGAGGAAACCAAGGGGGAGUGACGAGUUAGAAGGCUAGCCAUCGUGUAAAUUGAAUAUGGAUUUUAGAUAUAAAUGAUGAUCUUGUAAGCGAGAUUUUAAUUGGAGAUUUUGAUAUCAGAGUAAAUAUUGAAAUUUGAUUGUAAAUUCAUUUAGUGGAUAAUUAGUUUAUAAGAGAUUUGAUCUGGAGAUUUUGAGGUUAAGUCGUGUUUGGACAUAAGGAAUUAAAUUUGAAAUAUCUGA